AUGUUAAGGUCACAGUGCAGGCAGCUGUUCACGAGUUCUAUAGCGAGAGCUGCUGCGCCUGCUCGUGGUAAGGCUCAAGGGUUUGCAAAGAAAGUUUCGGGACAUAAAGGUUCUGCUAAAAGGAUAUCUGGUGACACAUUAUACAAGAAUUGGGCUGACACAGUGCAUACCGCGAAGCUGAACCAGUAUGCGGUACCUUUGGAGCUUCCCACUUUUAAUCCCAAGACCAUAGGUGAAUCGAAUAAGGUUUCUUCGUUCUCUAAUAAACAGUACAAGUCUCUUUACCACCUAGGCUCUUUCCAUAAAAACCAGUUCAAUGAAUUGUUUCCUAAGCCAGUAUCACUGAUCCGUAACGAGAGCACAGUCAAACUGAUAAAACUAUUACAAUCAGCAUCAAAUAAAAAAGUUAUCAUCACAGGAGAACCAGGUGUUGGUAAGAGUGUUCUAUUGUCACAAGUUCACGCAUUCGCAUGUGAAUCCAGUAAUGUAUUGAUCCAUAUCUCAUACCCGGAACUUUUUUUGAAUGGUCGUAAUGAUUUCUUCUAUGAUGAAAAGUUGAAACAGUACGUGCAACCUAUGUAUCUAAAGAAGUUUCUGAGGAAGAUUUUGAAAUCCAAUGAUGAAAACGUCCUACGUUCGAUUAAGCUGACUUCUGAUUACAAAUUUUCCAAUGCCGACCCUAAGGAUUCUGCCAUUAAGAAGCAAAUCUCUCUAUUAAAAGAUCAAAACAGUUUGUACGAUUUGCUAUCAAUCAAGACACAAGGCCGUCAUCGAGGGGACCUUUUUAAAGCUGUCAUUACUGAGCUAUCCGGUCAAAAGAAAUAUCCUGUCUUUUUCACUGUUGAUAAUUUCUCGAAAAUUUUAACAAGCCCAUUUACAAGCUACAAGGAUGCAGACAAUAAAAAUAUUCACUUACUUGAUUUCCAGUUAGGUGCAACCAUUAUGCAAAUUGUUGGUGGUGAGCUCGCCUUCCCACAUCAGAACAGUGCUACCGUAUUGGCCACUUCUGGUGUUGAUAGAACCAAUAGAACUCUACCAGUAGCAGUUGGGAAACUUCCAGAAGAUGUCUACGUUGACCCACACCACUACGAUCCUAAAUUUGCCAAGAUCUUGCAAAAAGGCGGCGUACAGGAAUUUGAGGUGCCAAAAUUAAGAAAGGAAGAAGUUAGAGAACUAAUAGAGUUUUAUUUCAAGUCAGAAAUCUUGCUGAACUCUGACUCUCAGAAUAAGACACUCGAACAACUUACUGACGAGAAAUAUAUCUUGAGUGGGAACGGUAAUCCUAGAGACCUAUUGAAGAGUAUUAUAUUAAUGCACACAUAA